AUGGUAACAGGAAGUUAUGCCUACCAUCACUACCUACAAGAUGGAUAUGAUGACAAAGGAUGGGGUUGUGCCUAUCGUUCAUUACAGACAAUAUGGUCAUGGUUUAGAUUUCAAGGUUAUACAGAGAGGACUAUACCAUCACAUCAUGAAAUACAACAGACAUUAGUGGAUUGUGGAGAUAAACCAUCAUCUUUUAUUGGAUCAAAGAAGUGGAUUGGAUCUAUUGAAGUUAGUAAUGUUCUUAAUCAUUUACUUGAAAUCAGUUCUCGUAUUCAUCAUUGUACUAGUGGUAAGGAAUUAGCUGAAACAGGACGUAUCCUUCUACAUCAUUUUGAAACUGAAGGGACUCCAGUGAUGAUGGGGGGUGGAGUUUUAGCUCAUACCAUAUUAGGAGUUGAAUAUAAUGAACAGUCAGGAGACAUCAGGUUUCUUAUAUUAGAUCCUCAUUAUAUUGGUCCUGAAGAUCUCAAACAAAUUCAAACUAAGGGUCAUGGCUUUGUCCUCCGUUUUCAUCUAGCUACUUCAAUCAGUUUUUUGAAUGGGAAACCAACUAUUGCUGAGUUAUGUGAACAUAUCAGAGUUGGUACUAAAUGGUACACAUUUGGUGUACUCCUCAAAUUAGAUACUACUGAACUAGAUAGUAUCAGAAUAAUGAAUGAAGAUAUCAGUUUCAAAGCUUUAAAAAUGUUUGAAUUGUGGCUGAGUUCCAAGCCAAGAGCUAUGAGAAGAGAGGUUAUUGAAACUCUACAGAAGCCCGCCAUUGCAGAGAAUUUUAUUGCUGAGGAAUACAAGAGAGCAUUAACAGAAA